AUGAUUAAUAUUGAUUUUGACAAUAUUGAACAAUCACAACCAACACUCUACGAUACACUCGCAAGUGAUGUUAAAUUUUUAAAUACACCACAUUUCGAAUUACCACCAAAUGCAAAUCCAGGUGAUUUUUUAAGAGAAACAUUUGAUCAUCCAUCAGCACCAAAAGCAUUGGAAUUUGCACAUGGUACAACUACAUUAGCAUUUGUAUAUGGUGGAGGUAUUAUUGUAUCAGUAGAUUCAAAAUCUACACAAGGACCAUACGUUGCAAGUAGAUCAGUUAAAAAAGUAAUUGAAAUUACACCAACCCUUUUGGGUACUAUGGCUGGUGGUGCUGCUGAUUGUUCAUUUUGGGAACGUGAAUUAGGUAGAAGAUGUAGAUUAUAUGAAUUAAGAAAUAAAGAACUCAUCUCUGUUGCUGCUGCAUCUAAAAUUUUAGCAAAUAUUGUAUAUUCAUAUAAAGGUUACGGUUUAUCAAUGGGUACUAUGAUUACUGGUUGGGAUAAAACUGGACCACAAUUAUAUUAUGUUGAUAAUGAUGGUACUAGAUUACAUGGUCAACGUUUUUCAUGUGGUUCAGGUUCAACAUAUGCUUAUGGUGUUUUAGAUACAGGUUUUAAAUGGGAUAUGAAUGAUGAAGAAGCAUAUGAACUCGGUCGUAGAGCUGUUUAUCAUGCAACUCACAGAGAUGCUUACUCUGGUGGUGCUAUCAAUGUUUAUCAUGUUCAAAAAGAUGGUUGGAAGAAGAUUUCUUCUGAUGAUUGUUUCAAAUUAUAUCAAAAAUAUUACAAUAUUGUUCCAAUUAAUAAACCAGCUAAUUAA